AAAAAAUUUAAAAAAAUGCUAUACUGGUUUCCCAGUAGUUUCCGGACCCAAGUAGUUUUCCGGACCUUUUACAUUUCGUGCUGUAUAAACUUUACACCGUCGUAAAGCAUUUGGGUAACAAUAUCACAUCAUCUAGGCGUUUGUUGUCUUUACACAGCAGCGAAAACCUAGCGUUACCGACUUUAUUCAUUAUUUGAAUAUCCCGGUUGUUUCAACUCACUUCGGUGCAAUUGUUUACAUAGAGAUUCGCAUCAGCUGGGGAAUUCCAUUUACAGUGCGCAUGUGCAGCAAUUGAGGCCCCUUGAAGGUAACUAUCAGUUAAAUGAUACUCGUAUUUGCAGACGAUGUUUUAAAAAUAUCCACAGAGUAAUAAAAUAAAACAGUGAAAGUCAGGAAAAAAUCACCAUGUCCAAUUAACGACCAACAAUUACACGACCUUAAAUUAUCAAUUAAAAAUAGGAACCAAAAUGAACGGAGAUUUACCUCCUAUACCGUAUACAGUUCGUAUCUAUUGUUAAUAUACAUUUAGCACAAGGAGGAAGACAGUAGAGAUGGUGUUCGAGUGGUUAAGGCGUUGGACUUGCAAUUCUAAAGUGCGGGAUCGAUUCCUACUCACGUCUUUUUUUUUUUUUAAAUUUGUGAAUUAAACUGAAAGUUGUUAUUUUUUAAACUUGUUAAUUAAACUGAAAGUUGUUAAAUUUCUUCUUUAAAAACAUUUUUCAGUCGGCUCAGAACGUCCCAUCGGACACAUUAUUUUCUUUUUUUAAGGUUUUGCAAACGUUCCUACGAAUGAGCUGAAAACUAUCUGUUGAAUUCUUAUCUUAAUCUUAGGUCAAGAACAUGCCAAAGCAAUACACUGAGGACCAACUUAAGCUGGCAUUGUCAGCAGUCCGGCAAAAGAAAAUGAAAAUAAAGACGGCUGCUCGGCUUUACAAAGUGCCGAAAUCUACUUUAUUUGAUAAGGUGAAGGGAACAUACAUCGGCAAACAGCGGGGACCGGCGAGGCAGCUUCUCCCUGAUGAAGAAGAGUCUCUGGUUCAGUACUUACUGUAUAUGGCUAAUCAGGGGUUCCCGAUGACAAGGGCCAUGAUGAGAUGUUAUAUUCAAGAAAUAGUUCUUCACUCAGGUCGAGAAACGUUAUUCAAUAUACAGAAGGGCCCAUCUGAUGACUGGUUUGUAAAGUUUUUUAGUCGCCAUCCAAACCUAGCACAAAGGAAACCGGAGAAUAUGGAUAAAAGUAGAGUGUCCAUGUCUUCAAAAAAGAUGCUUGACGAGUUCUUUCCCUUUCUAGAAGGUGUACUGGAUAAAUAUGGAAUACGAGACAAACCUCACAGGAUUUUUAACUGCGAUGAAACAGGAUUCACAGGAAAAGAAGCUCCACGGGCGAAAGUAAUCGGACCCCGCGGAGGACACCUGUUCAGACGUAAAACAGUUUCUGCUGACCAUGUGACAGCUCACCUAUGCGUUUCAGCAGAUGGACAUUUUUUACCACCUGCAAUAAUUUACAAGGUGCUAAUAAUGUUGUAAUAUUUUCAUAUAAGUGUGUUCAGUCAGUUAAUAUCGUACAAGUAUUUUUUUCACUUAAAUUUGUA